AUGGUUGGUUCCCUUCACUGUGGCCUAAUGUGGAUCACCCGUUCUCCGAAUCCUUUGCGAUCUGGUGUAGUUUAUCUUUUUUCAUUACUUUUGGGUUCGUGUGUGAUGAUGCCUAUCGUUGCUUCCGCGCAGUCUCUGAUCGCCAACGAGGAUUUCCAGCACAUUCUGCGUCUGCUGAACACCAACGUGGAUGGCAAGAAAAAGAUCAUGUUCGCCCUCACUUCCAUCAAGGGUGUCGGGCGCCGCUUCGCCAACAUCGUCUGCAAGAAGGCCGACGUCGACAUGAACAAGAGGUAAGAUAUUUCCAUCUUUGUCUUGACUAUUUUUCGUAUCUGUUGACCGAUUUCUCCUGAAUUUCGGCCUGCGCUGCCUAUAGCUUGCUUUGGAUCUAGUUAUACCGGAUGCACGUUGUCAUACUUGAGCUUUAGGUUUAGUUGUCAUGUAAGAUAAUGCCAACAACUUUUAGACUUUUUUUUCACUAGAAGUUAAUUUUCCCGAUCUUCUCGUCCAUCGAUCUCAUUAAUCGAACGAAAAGUAUGGAAAUGAAACUAAAGACUCAGGGUCUGUUGUUUUGGUGUAGUUUUUAAAAGUGAAGGUUGUAGGCUUUCCUUCCGGGUAUUGGUGUUCGGCCUCCGGAAUGUCACCACGUUUGCUUAUUAAUUGGGGAAAGAUGGAGUUAGUUGUCGGAUGCCAUGUUGCUGUGCCAGCUGACGCUUUUGAACUACCACACUUCUCAAUUAAUUUCUGAUGUAGGCACUAUACGUGUUAUGUUCCGCUGUCACGUAUUCUGCAGGGCUGGGGAGCUCUCCAAUGCCGAGAUUGAGAAUCUGAUGACUGUCGUUGCAAACCCUCGUCAGUUUAAGAUCCCUGAUUGGUUCUUGAACAGAAAGAAGGAUUACAAGGACGGCAGGUACUCCCAGGUCGUUUCUAAUGCCCUGGACAUGAAGCUGAGGGAUGAUCUUGAGCGCCUUAAGAAGAUCAGGUUUGUACUUUUGCAACUUGCAUUGUUGCCGAUAAGAUUUUAAGGUACAUGAAUGUCUCUGGAAAUUUUGUAUUUCACUUAUUAAUGGAAAAUUUUAGUCUUGCUGAGUAAAAGUUCUUUCAUCAUUGUUUUUAGUUCAUCUUUAGAUCUUUAGGAGGAUCUAACAUUUUUUCCAAAACAAAUGGGUCGCCAAUAAGUUUGUAGUACGCAUAUUCUCUAGUUUUAAAUCUUCCACUAUCGUGUAGAAUCGACCAAUGGAAGUUUUGUAGUCUGGUUCCCCUUUGUUGUCUUGAUAUUGUCAUUAUCUUACAUAAGUUGGAGUGAAUCUUAUUGGUUAACCAGUAUCUUAUGUAACAGAUUCAGAAUAGAUGGGUAUCGCUAUACUGAAUCGAUUUGUUUCCUACUUUGAUUUUUAUGCAUACUUGCAUGGAAUAGUCAACUUUCCUUGGGAUGAUCCCCUGCAAAACAGCUUGGAAGAUUCAUACCUACAUCUUAUGCUUCUGUAAAGAAUAGUUUCGUUGGUAUACCCUGUUUUAGACGAGCAUUAUGUUUAUUUCAAGACAUUAACAACUGGGACUAGGUAGCGACGAGCUCAUACUGCCAGAAAAAGGUUGGGAAGCUUGCCGUCAUUUUAUGAGCUCCUUGUGAUAUGCUACGUUCCUGAGGACCAUUUACAUGUCAGCUUCAUCCCCUGGUUAUCUAGGGAGCAUUAGCCUGCCAUGCUAUUCUUUAUUGGUUUCUUGUAUCACUCAGAUAUGUAUUUUCUCAGCUCAUGAUUAUUGGCGUUUGUUAUGAAUCUCAAGGGCCGGUUAAUACAGAUCGCUGUUCAUUGUAGCCCGCAACUGAGAAUUAAAACGUUGAGAAAAAAAAACUUUUCUUAUGCUCAGUUUAACUAGUAUUCUAAUGUUUAGAUAUGAGUCUGCAGAUCCAACGUUGAAUCGGGCUACUAUUAUAUCUUUGUACUGAUUUUCCUGACAGAAACCACCGUGGGCUGAGGCACUACUGGGGCCUCCGUGUCCGUGGGCAACACACCAAGACCACUGGCCGCAGGGGGAAGACUGUCGGUGUCUCCAAGAAGCGAUAG